AUGGGUAAGGAUUACUAUAAGAUUUUGGGUGUGUCGAAGACUGCGGGCGACGAUGAAAUCAAAAAAGCAUACAAGAAGGCGGCUCUGAAGUGGCACCCUGACCGUAACAAGGAUAACGAAGCACAAGCCAAAAAGAAGUUCCAGGACGUGGGCGAGGCCUUUGAAGUGCUUUCGGACAAAAACAAGCGCACAAUAUAUGAUCAGUACGGCGAAGACGGUCUCAAGGGUGGUGUGCCGAUGCCAGAGGAAGGCGGUGCCGGCGGCUUCCCAGGCAUGGGCGGCUUUAGCAGUAGCGGCAGCGGGCCAGGUGGCGCUCGCACGUUCCGCUUCUCGACCUCCGGUGGUAACCCCUUCGGUGGUGGCUUCUCUCCUUCAGAUCCCAACGACAUUUUCGCGCACAUCUUCGGUGGAGCCAGUCCGUUCGGCAUGGGCGGCAUGGGCGGCAUGGGAGGCAUGGGUGGCAUGGGAGGCAUGGGAGGCAUGGGAGGCAUGCACGAUGAUAUACCCGGUGGCAUGCCUGGCUAUACAUCUUUUGGAGGUGGCUCCCGCGGAGCCGACUUUGAUACCCACUCUGAGCCCAAGGUACAACCGAAGGACUUUGAAACGCCACUUAUGCUUACGCUUGAAGAGCUGUACAAGGGCACGACUAAGAAACUCAAAGUUGGUCGCACUCUUGCAAAUGGCCGGACUGAGGAGAAAGUGGUGAGCAUCGACGUUAAGCCGGGCUGGAAGAAGGGUACGAAGGUCCGUUUCGCCGGCGCCGGCAACGAAGUGAGCCCUGGCAAGGCGCAAGACCUCGUCUUUGUAGUGGAUGAGCGCUCUCAUCCCCGCUUUACUCGCAAUGGUGAUGAUCUGCGCCUUGUACAGCCACUCAAGCUUGUGGAUGCUCUCGAUCCACCGAAGCCCGGCACACCUGGCUCGCGCCGUAAGAUUGUCACGCUAGACGGUCGCUCUAUUGAUGUGCCACUGCCGUCGGCGAGUUUGGGCAAGACGACUAUUAUGCCGGGUCGCACAACGCGCCUUGCAGGCGAAGGCAUGCCUAUAUCGAAGGUUAAAGGCACUCGCAAGGGCGACUUGGUGGUUGAAUGGAACAUCGAGUUUCCUGAGCGCCUUACCGAUGCGCAACGCUCCGCUUUGCGCAGUGCACUCGGCUAA